UUUGGGUACCCUGUGCAAUUCUAUGAUUUUCAAGAUGGCGACAAGGAGUUCGCUGUGUGAAUAAGACAAAGUCUCGAUAAGUAGACUUAUGGAGCAAAAUAUGCUAAGGAACUAAAACAAGUUAUAGACAUGGAGCAGGAUGGCGAGUGGGAGGAGGAGCAGUUGGUUUUAAUAGAGUUGUCAGGAAUCUUGAAUUACGAUGUUUUGUAUAAUGCAGAGACUCAGCACUGCAGGCUUAUGGGAAUAGAUACCAUUGAGCCUGUUCUACAGAUAGGGCCAUAUACAUUUGUUGGCCAUUACGAGGAUGUCAUAGGAACUAAUGUCUUCUUUGAGGAGAAAGAACAAGAUGGUUCAAAGACUUACAGUUAUAAAGGUUGUUCAGCAAAGACCUUGAAGAUGAAUCGGGCGUUUUUAAAGAAGAAAGAAAAAGAAGAAAAGACCCCCAAAGAGGGAUUGUUGCAUGAAGGGGAAGAUAAGCACCAGAUGGAUGUUGAAAUAACUGAAAUUACCCAGGCUGUACAAACUUUGGAUACAUAGUGGACAAUAAAUGCAAAAGGACAAUGCUCUUCCAUUAUGUACAGUUCCCUUAUCAAUUCCCUGGCUGGGUGCCAUAGCCUUGUUGAAUAAGCUAGAUAGUGAUACCCUGUAGCUAGUCUUGACUGAUAGGGUCAUUAUUAUGCAUAUUAUGCACUGUCUUAUUAUUAUUAUUUUUUGUCAAAAGAUAGCCAUGUCAAACUCUUCCAAAAAGAGAUGAUGUGAAGCAAGGUUGACAUGGGAGUGCCAGCUUAUUUAAGGUUUUAUUAUAUUAAACAUUCUUUAACUUGCAUUUAUUUUCCAAUUUUUUGUGUACAAACAGCAGACUUUUAUAAUGAUGUACUAAAAUACAAAACUAAAUACCUCACUUCAUUAUCAAAUAAACACUCUUUAGUUA